AUGCGCGACUACUGCAACGACGACAUGGCUCAUACAGCGCAGGAACUACAGCUGGGUGGCGCAGUCAAUUUACUUAAAGAGCUAAAUCAAGUCGCAUUCGAAGUGGCUGAAGACGAACAGGACCAGGAAAUUGAAGCCUUCGAGUCAGGGGUGGACAUCGACAAGUGUCAAGAAUCAAACCCUAGCUAUUUGCGCACCCCCCCAGCCUCACAGAAGCUGCAAGCUCCAAGUCCCAGUAGCCAUAAGGAGCUCUCACAGAAUCUGAAAAAGGCCUCAGAACAGAUAAUUGUCACUAACACUCGUAAGGAGUAUAACCGCCUGUGGGCUUCGUUCACGCAGUUCUGCGCUGCUAUUGGCUACGCCGCAACAGCAUCCGCUGUGGAUGCAAUGUUCCCGAACUUACCUGCAGCCUUCCCCGAAUGGAUAGCUGUCUGGAUAAUGGAUCGGUGA